AAAAUAGCCCUGGCAGUCAGUGCGGCGAUGUCGAGGGCGAAUGGUUCGCGGAGUUGGAGCGCCGUGCAGCCGUGCACUCCGACGAUCCUCCUAAUCGCGUUCCUCUUGUUAUCGGGGUGGUUUACCGGGAUAAGUGAUGCCGCUAAAGCGCGUCCUUCGGAGGAACCUUCCCGGGGGAACCGGCCGACCACUCCUAAGGAGGUCGAGCCGGUCAUCGAAGAGGUCAACGCUAAACAGCUAGAGAGAGCGCUCAACGACAAAGACUUUGUAGCCGUGUAUUGGUAUGCGAGAAGUUGUUUAACGUGCGAUAAGGUGCUUGCGGAAUUAGAAAAAAUAGAUGACGACACGGACACGUUCGGGGUGGAUUUUGUUAAAAUAAACGACAAACGAUUGGCCAAACAAUAUGGUAUCAAAACCUUCCCAGCUCUCACCUACUUCAGGGAAAAGGUACCAAUCAUCUACGAAGGUGACCUGAUGGACGAGGAAAAUGUCUUGGAUUUCUUAACGAGCUUGGAAGCGAUGGAUUUACCAGAUAGAAUUGAAGAAGUGAACGCAAAGAUUUUGGAAAAAAUUGUCGAAGAGACGGAAUUCGUCGCAGUACUUUUCUGUCCUGACACGAAGAGGUGCUCGGGUGUCAGCUCUAACAAACCAGACUGCAAAAAAUGCGCCAAGGCUCUUCAAGAACUGGAAAAUAUCGACGACGAAGCCGAUCAAUUGGGCAUCGGUUUCGUAAAAAUUGCCGAUGAAAAUCUCGCAGAUGAAUACAAUCUUGGACCACUCCCAGCUCUUGUCUACUACAGGCAUCAAAUUCCAAUAAUUUACGAGCACGAACUGAGCAAAGAAGAAGACGUAUUGGAAUGGCUUGUAGCGAACAAGAGUACAGGUGACGAGGAAGAUGUCAUUGAAGAUGUUACCGCCAAGACUCUGAACACCCUUAUCGGAAAUAUCGACAACCUGGUCGUUCUUUUCUACGAUCACGGAGACGAAGAUUCGAUGCAGGUUCUUACCGAGCUGGAAAAAAUUGAUGACGAUUGUGACAAGCAUGGUAUUCAGUUUGUAAAAAUUGACGAUGAUAAGGCUGCUAAGGAAUUUGGAAUUGACUCCGUACCCGCCAUCGUUUAUUUCGAAAAGGAACUACCCAAUGUCUACGACGGCGACGUUGAAAACGAGGAUGAAAUUUUAGAGUGGCUCUUGGCACAAUUGGAAAAGGAUGAAAUUGAAGACGUUACCGACGAGAUGCUUGACCGACUUGUGAAAGAAGGAAAAACUUUGGCGGUACUUUUCUACGAUAAUAAUGACCGGAAAUCUCAGCGCGUUUUGAACGAGUUGGAGAACAUCGACGACGAGUGCGACUCGCUUGGCAUCGUCUUCGUGAAAAUCGACAACGUUGAAGAGGCCAGAGAAUAUGGAAUUGAAAAGAUUCCAAGUUUACUCUAUUUCGAAAAGGGGAUACCCACCCUUUUCGACGGGAAUUUGGAAGAUGAGGAAAAAGUUUUGAAGUGGCUCGAUCACCAGCAAAAAAACGACCAGAUCGAAGACGUUACCGACGAGAUGUUGGACUUGGUCAUCGAAAAAAUGCCAUACGUCGCUGUACUGUUUUAUGACAAGGAUCAGAAGAAGAGUCAGAAAAUCCUCGCGGAGUUAGAGAACAUCGACGACGAAUGUGACCAGAAUAAUAUCGCAUUCGUUAAAAUCGACGACGAAGAAGAAGCGAAGGAGUACGGUAUCGACUCCCUUCCCACUCUUGUGCUUUUCGAACGGAGGAUACCUCACGUUUACGAAGGUGACCUCAUGAACGAAGAUCAACUGCUGGGAUGGCUCCUUCACCAAAAACGGCACAGUGAAAUUCCGGAGAUCACGGAUGAGAUGAUGGAAAAACUUAUCGAGACCACACCGUUUUUGGCUGUUCUUUUCUAUGACAAAGAUGACAAACAAGAUAUGAGAAUAUUGAACGAACUGGAAAACAUCGAUGACGAAUUGGAAAAAGAAGGUAUCGUCAUUGUUCGAAUGGACAACGAUGCGGAGGCGAAAGAAUUCGGAAUCGACCAUCUUCCGACCUUGGUUUACUUCGAAGAAAAAAUUCCUGCCAUCUACGAAGGAGAUCUUCUUAACGAAGAUGAGGUACUCAAGUGGUUGAUUGAGCAGAAGAAUACAGCUACCAUCGAAGAAGUGACGGAUGAAAUUCUCACCGAUUUAAUCGACGAACACGAAUACGUCGUCGUAUAUUUCAGCGGUAAGUGCGAGGAAGGCGAAGAAUGCGACAAUAUUCUGCUCGAGCUGGAGAACAUUGACGACGAAUUGGACGAAACUGGAAUAAUAUUUGUUACGACCGAGGACACCGGUAUCGCCAAGAAACAUGGAAUCAAAAAUUUCCCGACUCUCGCUUUCUUCAGGAACAAAGAUCCGCUGAUAUACAACGGUGACAUCGAAGAUGAGGACGAAGUACUGUCUUGGGUAACGGAUGAAAACACCCUUCAAAUACCUGGAAAAAUUGAAGAGGUCAAUUCAAAGAUGCUGGAGAACAUAUUGGACGAAAACGAUCACGUCGUCAUAUUUUUCUACAGAGAAGGAGAUAAGAAGAGUCAGAAGAUUCUCCAAGAGCUUGAGAACAUCGAUGACGAAUGCGAAGAGAAGGAUAUAGAUUUCGUUAAAAUAUCCGACGAGGGUAUCGAGAAGGAAUACGAUCUUCCGAGUCUUCCAGCUCUCGCCUUCUACCGACACAAAUUCCGUCAGAUUUACGCCGGUGAUAUGAUGCAUGAAGAAGCCAUCUUGGAUUGGGUACUGGACCUUCAUAGUUCGCAACCGGACAUCAUUGAGAGUGUCGACAGGAAGACUCUCCAAUUACUCAUCAACGACGUCGAGCAUCUGGCCGUAUUUUUCUAUGAUGACAAGUGUGACAAUUGUCCCGAGAUACUAGAGGAACUCGAGACAAUUGACGACGACACGGACAAACAUGGCAUUCAGUUUGUCAAGUCUAAAGAUGCCAAAUUGGCUGCUGAAAUUGGCAUCUUCUCAUUCCCAGCACUUGUUUAUUACGAGACUGGUGUGCCCAUCAUGUACGACGGUAACCUUCUGGACGAAGCUGAAGUACUGAACUGGAUGGUCAAGCAGAAGAAUGAUGCGAGUAUAGAAGAAAUCGACAGGGAAACUUUAUUCAAGUACAUAGAGACCAAGGAAUUUCUCGCCGUCAUAUUCUACAAAGAAGAGGACCCGGAAAGUCCGCGAGUCCUGAGGCACCUGGAAUUGAUCGAUGACGAGGCGGCGGAAUACGGGAUAAAGAUCGUUCAGAUGAGCGAUCGUCUGAUGGCGAAGAAGUACGGUUUCCGGAAUCCACCCGGUAUCACGUAUUUCCGUAAGGGAAAGUACAUCAACUACGACGGAGAUAUCGACGACGAGGAAGAGAUUCUUGAUUGGUUGACCAAUCCCGAAAAUAUGGAACUUACCGAUCACAUAGAACGCGUGAAUCGCAAAAUGUUUCACAAGAUUCGUCAGACGUCGGAUUACGUGGCAGUUUUCUUUUACAGCAACGACUGCAAACAGUGCAGUCGGGUAUUGGCGGAAAUCGAGCACAUCGACGACGAAGCUGACGGCGCAGGGAUUAAUUUUGUCAAAAUUGACGACAGACAACUUUCCAAAGAAUUCGGUGUAUUCGCUUUACCGGCCAUAUUAUUCUUUAAAAUGGGCUCCAAGGAACCUGUCAUAUACGCAGGCGACCUUUACGACGAGGAACAAAUUUUACAGUGGCUUUUGACCCAGAAAGAUCCAUCUGGAGAAGUGAUCGAGGCUCUGGAGGGAGAAGAUCUUCUUCAUCUUAUUCGAGAAUCUGACGCCCUGGCUGUGUACUUUUGGAACAGAACUCUCUGCGACUUGUGCCAGUCGAAAGCAUAUCGCAAGCAGAUGCGUCAAAAAAAGGAGCUGAAGAACACCGAAGCUGAGGUUGCAGAAGAUAACGAUGAUGGUGACGACUGCGAACAGUGCGCUGGAAUUCUCGAGGAGCUUGAAAAUAUCGACGAUGAUUGCGACAGGCAUGGAAUAACCUUUGUCAAAACUCAGGAUUACAAGAUAGCGGAGGACUACGGUGUCACAGAUUUUCCGGUUCUCGUUUACUUCGAAAAACAAACACCUAACGUAUUCGAAGGGGAGUUGUCGGAAGAGGAGGAGGUCCUGCAGUGGUUGAUUACCCAGAAGACCGAGGACAGAAUCGAACUGAUUACUCGGGUAAUGUUGGAAGCUUCGGUCGAGGACACUCAGUACUUGGCAGUUUACUUUUAUAAACAAAACUGCCACAUCUGUGACGAAAUACUGGAUGGACUGGAACGGAUAGAUGACGAGUGCGACGUUUUUGGAAUUCAUAUGGUCAAAAUUCAGGAUCCCCAAUUGGCUAAACGCUACUCGAUUAAAACCUUCCCGGCACUCGUUUACUUCAGGAAUGGAAAUCCACUUCUGUUCGAAGGUGAUUUACAAAACGAGGAUUCCGUUCUUGAGUGGUUAAUCGAUGAUGAUAAUCGUGAACUCGCUGACGAGAUCGAAUCCGUCAACGAGCGGAUGUUGGAACGUCUUUUAGACGAGUCUCCAUUCUUGGCUGUAUUCUUCUACGACGAAGAUUGUCCAGAGUGCGAUGAAAUAAUGGAAGCUCUCGAAAAAAUCGACGGAGAAGCCGAUCUCUUCGGUAUAGAUUUCGUGAAAAUAUCGAGCGCCGAGGCUGCCGAAAAGUAUAAUAUUCUGAACGUACCUUCGUUGGUUUACUUCCGUAAAAAAACUCCUCUGAUUUACGACGGCGAUCUAAAUCAAGAGGAUAAAAUUCUUCAAUGGUUGACGUCGCAAGACGUUUUCGAAAUAAAAAAUGAAAUCGAAGAGGUCAACAAAAAAAUGCUCGACAAAUUAUUGGACGAAAAUGAAUUCCUCACCGUAUUCUUCUACGAACACAACAACCUUGAAAGUGAAGCGGUCAACGAAAAGCUAGAGAAUAUCGACGGGGAAACUGACAAUUUGGACAUAACUUUUGUGAAAAUGUCCGAUCCUCGCUACGCCAGAAAAUGGGGCGUCACCAAACUCCCUGCAAUCGUUUACUUCCGGAAGAGGUUCCCAAGCAUUUAUCGAGGUGACCUUUACAACGAAGAAGACGUCCUCGACUGGCUGAGAAAGAAUAGAUUCCGUCAACCAGAACUGAACAUCUACAUGUACGCUCUUCUCGCGAUAACAAUACUUUUCGCUAUGUACACCGGUUUUCUUUUAUCCUGUUUCCGUUCCGAACCUCCGGCGCCUGUUCCUCAUCCAAAACAGGCGUGAGAGGAGGGUAGAUAUCUGGCGAGAAUUAUCGUCAGUUGACACGGACUCGAAAGAACGACGUAUAACUCGAAAGGGUGAUCGGGUGUAUCGAUAAUGAUAAUUGCAAUGUAUUUUCCAUUAUUAUUUUAAAACAUCAUUGAAUGCGGAACAUGUGAUGGCAUUAUUGAAACAUCCGUAAAGCCGUAUAAUUCCAAUAUUAAAAUAGAUGAAAAAAAAAAAAAAACGCGCUGCGUUAGGCGGUCAUGUAACUUGGGGUGACUCUAAGUUUCUAAAUACUAGCUAAUAUAAGAUUGAUUCUUGAUUGUUCACGAUAUAUUCGGUGAACUCCAUAUUCCUGCCGUUCAAGAUGUAAACCCUGAAUAAAAUCAGAGCAAUUUGCGAGCUGAAAUCACGAAUUAUCGAAAAUUAAAUUGAAUACUGCGAAAAAAUCUGUUCCACGAAUAAAAUAACCCUGAAAUCUCGUUUGAUUACAAUAUUCAAUCAUUCGUUUAUCCAUUAAAAAAAAAAAUCCAUAGCGUAUACACUAUUUAUUAAUCAAAAGAAAACCAAAAACUAAAUUAAUAAAUUAAAUUAAACGAGCGUCUAUACAAUAAAUAAAAAUGAAUAGCUUACUAAUAGUUUUAAUUUAUGUACCCGAACAUGUAAAUAUACUGUUACACGUGCCUCGUUUCAUCAUUUUGUUGACAUGUUUGAAAUAAUUAUUAAUGUUAUUACUAUUAACAAAUAAAGGAAUGAACCCUUGGACCAAUCCUAA